GGAACACCAGAGGCCGAAGGGUUCCUCUGGUACUGACAGUUCUACGACUUAAAAUUUGUCUUUCAGAACCAAUCCCUCCCCACCCCCACCUCCCAAAGGCACAAACAGAAAACAAGCAGUGAAGGGAAUACCACUUCAGCUAUGGACAGUGAUGAUGUGUUAAGAGUCUCAAUGAAGCUGGAGGAUUGAGGUGUGCUUAUGACAGGAAAGUCACGGUAUGUAACCCUGUUUCCUGGGUCCAAGGAAGCAUGAGUCUGUUGGGACUUGGGAUGAGAAGAAAACAAGAUAUCUUCACAAAGAAACCCAGGCACUAAAAAACAAAAAAACUAGUUCGAAUUCUGAAGCGAUAGAACACAACCAUGACGGACAGUGGACUUAGGGAUCCUCCAGAGGACUCUCAAAAGGAUUUGGAAAAUGAUCCAUCAGUGAAUUCUCAGGAACAGGAAACCACAGUCACAGCAAGUUCCACUGAAGAAGCUCAGACACCAAACCCUGCCUCUGGUCUUAGCAAAGAAGGCCCAGAAAGUGCAGAUACAGGUGAGAAAUCAGAAAGGUCAGAUGAAACAAAUUUUGGGAACUAUCCAAAAGAUAAAACAGAGGAUGAGAACAACCUGAGUUUUCAGGAUGGGGAACAAAAGGAUCACCUUCCUUCAGAAAAUCUGGGUAAAGAACCCUUGGAUCCAGAUGCUAAUCAUUCUCCAAGUGACAAGGGAAGAAAAGCAGAUGCAAACUUGGGAAGCAGCUCUGCCUCCCUCCCUGAGGAAAUAAAUGACAGAACCAAACCUUCUCAGGAGCCAUCUACUGCAGACUCCCAGGAGGCCAGAAGUCCCAGUCAUUCCAGAAGAGAGAGUCAGGAUUCACUGAGGAGGCGAUGGCCUUCACCAGAGGCUGGAAGUCAUGAACAAGAAACACAAACACUGGGAGAAAAGAAAGAGAUUGCACAGGAUACUAUAAAAAAGAUUAAGAAAAAGAGUUUUUGGAACUAUGGCCGCAUCAUUUUUGGCUCCCUGAUUGUGGCUCUUGUGCUAAGUUCUGUUAGUAGCUACUAUUCAUCUCCAGCCCAGCAAGUGCCCCAGAAUCCAGCUUUGGAGGCCUUCUUGGCUCAGUUUAGCCAAUUAAAGGAUAAAUUUCCAGGCCAGAGUUCCUUCCUGUGGCAGCGAGGACGUAAGUUUCUGCAGAAGCACCUCAAUGCUUCAAACCCCACCGAGCCAGCCACCAUCAUAUUUACAGCGGCUCAAGAGGGAAGAGAGACCCUGAAGUGCCUGAGCCACCAUGUUGCUGAUGCCUACACCUCUUCUCAGAAAGUCUCUGCCAUUACAAUUAAUGGGGCUGAGAGAGCCUUUCAGGACAGUGACACAGUUAAGCUGUUUGUUGACUUGGAGCUGAGCUAUGGAUUUGAGAAAGGCCAGAAGGCUGCUGUGGUACACCACUUUGAAUCUCUUCCUGCAGGCUCCACUUUGAUCUUCUACAAGUAUUGUGAUCAUGAGAAUGCUGCCUUUAAAGAUGUGGUCCUUGUCCUGACUGUUCUGCUGGAAGAAGAAACAUUAGAAGCAAAUGUAGGGCCAAGAGAAACUGAAGAAAAAGUGAGGGAUUUACUCUGGGCCAAGUUUACCAACUCGAACACUCCCAGCUCCUUCAACCACAUGGACUCAGACAAAUUAAGUGGGCUGUGGAGCCGUAUUUCACACCUGGUGCUGCCUGUCCAGCCAGUGAGGAACAUAGAAGAACAAGGGUGCUUUUUAUAAAGCUAAGCACAGAGUUGGUUAUGGAAGGCCUUAGCUUAUGAAAAGUCAGUUUAAAAGCCCUUUAAAAGGAGGUUGAUAAAUGUGAGGGAAUAGCCUGAGAAACACAAGUGAACUUAUUUUAGAAAGGAAGUUUUCAUGUUUUGCAAUUUGUAAAAUCUAAUGUAAGCUUUGAUAAAGCUAAAAAUUGACCUGACGUAAUUUUUCUUUGCCUUUUCAAGUGAAUCAGGUUUAAAAUAUUGUGUAUAAAACUAAGGAAUUUUUUAAAAUCCCAAAAUAUAGCAACAGAACCAUUGUACAGGAAGGUAUUCUCAGAGUAUCUAGAGUGAGUUUUGCUUUCUUGAGUAAGACUGAAGAGUUAUUUGGAUAGUCUUUGGAGUAAAGCCCAUGUUAUAAAGCAGUGGUAAUUUUUAGAAAAUUUUUGUAUUACAUGUUAAAUAUUUUUUAAACUCACUUUAAUUGUUGUAGGAUUGUCUUAUACUUAAUUUACACUUGGGUAGUAUGAAAAAAAUUAUUUAAACCAUUAAAUCUUUAUCUAAUACUAUGUAAGGCACUAUACUUUUAUUCCAUUAGGGAGCUGAGGUAAACGCAGCUCUGUUCAAAAAAAUUCUUAAAUAUUGGAAUGAAUGGGGAAAUUGUUUAUUAUUAUGGAAAUUAAGAAAUUUUAGUUGGCUGUAUCUUUACUUCAUCUUUCGUGAAUGACUUAGAGUAGUGGUUCUUAAACUACCAGCACCUCUCCCCUCUGUAUCAGAGCAGUUCUGCUUUUGACUGUUUUAUAUGUUCAGUUUCUGUGUAAGGUUCCAUUGGAACAAGAAGUUUCACUCAUAAUGAAGUUUGAAAACCAUUGAUUAAAUGAAAAAAAAUCUUAGAGAUAUGAGUUAUGAGUAGAAAUUUCUUAGGAGAAAUGAGUAGAAAAAUUAUUAAAAGUAUUAAAACUUAUGAGUAGGAAGAUGAAGUAGAAGUUUAUAGAACAAAAAUAGUGGAACAGCAGAAUGUAUAAGGUAGCAUUUACUAACAUUUUUCUGAUGCUUUUGUUCCUGUCCAUUAAUCAUUUCUGUCUAGGUUGAAUGGAGUUUUUAUAAUUGUCUAGGAUGAAAAAAGAACAAUUUCUUCCUUCCUUCCUUCCUUCCUUCCUUCCUUUCUUUCUUUCUUUCAUUCAUUCUUUCUUUCUUUCUUGUACUGAGACUUGAACCCAGGGAGAGCUGAACUACAUCCUCAGCCUUUAUAAAACUUUUAGACAGGAUCUCACAAGGUCCUAGGCUGACCUGGAACUUGGUGAUCCUCCUUCCUCAGCUUCCUGAGUAUCUGGGAGUACAAGUAUGUUCUACCAUGUCUGGCAGAAGUUGAUAACCAAUUUUCACAGUAGCUUUUAUAUGGGUACAUUUUACCAAAUGGUUUAUUUGCUACACUGUGAUGAACUUCUUAUAAUGCAGCUCAUUUCUUGACAGUUAGAAGUACCAUUAUGUUAAGAAUUAGAGAAAUGCAGAAGAUGUUAAUUUAGUGAGAAAAAGCAAAAAUAACAAUUCAUAGAAGUUUUAAUAGCCAGAAUCAGUUGUUGGACCAUGUUCUACGAAUGUAAGAAAAAAUUGAGAACAGUGUGUAUGGAUCGUAAUAGUUGAUUAUAUUUGAGCUCUGAAAGCAGAAAUUAGUAAAAUGAUCCAGACCUAUCAAAGAGUCUGUUCUAAUACAUGGUCUGGGAAUGUUUUAACUAGGUUUUGGCCUCUCUACUUCUAAGAGAGCAUAUGUAUUUAUGUGUGUGUCUGUGUGUGUGUGUGUGUGUGCGCGCAAGUGUGCAUGGGUGCACAUAUAUAUGUAUAUGUAUGCAUAUAGUUGUCAUGUGAUUAUAAAAAUGGAAGGAUUUUAGGAAACACUAAGAAAAUUAUGAGGAUCUUUUAAUGAUACUUAUGAGUAUCACAAAGGCAUGAGGAAGGAUCUAUUUGAAAAUAUUUGCCACAGGAAAAACAAAAUUGUGUUUUUGUAGGAUUAAAUUAAGUAUAAAACAUAAUUGUACAGGGCCUGAGGUAUGCUCAGCUGAGUGUAGAGGUAUACCUGAAGGAAUAGUUUGCAUUUGGGACUUUGAAGGAAUCUUUCCGUAGAUUUGAGGAGAGACCUAACCACAAAGUUAAGUAUAAUGAAUGUAAUAUCAGUGUCAAUCCAAUAUAAAAUCAGGCAAUUGAAGAAAAAUCUGUAUACCAUAUUCAAAUUUUUUUCUAUAUUAGAUACUAGCAUUAUAUCACCAAACCAGUGGUGCCUUGUAGAAUUGUUACGUUGCCCUGCUGACCUGUGCUGCCUCAGAUCUAUAAAGGAACCAGUCUGCAGUAUACAUACCUGCCUCUAUCUGAUAGAGAUUGCAAUUGAAACAAAAGUAAUUGUUUCUUCAUUUAGUUAAAUGUGGUUUUUGAUCAUUUGCUGAAUUUAGGAUAAUACAUUUCUGAAAGUUAAAUUUCUUUUGUUUGCUGUUUAGCCUUUGUUAAAAACAUUUUUCUUUCCAUGUAUAAGUGCAAUCAACUGAGACUUGUCAGUUUUCUGUCCACUAUUUCAAAAAUCAUUCUAAAAAGAAGCAGUGUAUUAGAUCUGGGUCUUCUUAUGACUAGAUGACUAUUUUUGUCUUUUUUUUUUUUUUUUUUGCUACCACAGUUGAACUCGGGUCCUUACACUUGCCAGGCAGGCAGCAGAACCACUGAGCUAAAUCCCCGGCUAGAUGAUUAUUUUUAAAGCAUAAAACUAUUUUUUAAAUGUACAAAUAAUUAAAAUUAUUAUCUAAUGUACUCUUUUAGGUUAAUUUCUCUUCCUUAUUUCUAUUUUUAUAUUUUCAAGCUCUCAAAUGUUUCUGCUUAUUUGACCUAGAUUUGUGGGGAUUUGGUAUUAUACAUGGUACUUAAACAUCACCAUUCAAUUAUUACUACAGAAUAUCUUUCAUUACAUUAUAUAUAAAUAUAAAUCACUUCUUGAGUAAUACCUGAGUUGUAGAAGCAAGUUGGGGAAUCAAAAACUGUCUUUGAAAUUAGAUUUUUAUUUCCAUAAGAUAAAAUUUAGGUUUUCUACUUAGUUUCCAGAGAUUAGCAGAGAAGAUCCAGGGGGCUCAUAUCACUAGAGGUAGUAAUGCUAUUUGUCUCAUUUCUGGGGGGUUAUUUUUGUUUUGGUUUUUGGUUUUUGGUUUUUUUGAGAGAGGGUCUCACUAUGUGGUUCAUUCAGACUGGCCUUGAACUCACUAUAUUAGCCCAGGCUGGUCUCAAACUCACAGUGAUCCUCCUAUCUCAGCCUCCAAAGUGCUGGGAUCACAGGUGUGUUCUACCACAUUUGGCUCCAUUUCUGUUUUAAGCUAGUCAGUAAAAUAAUUUUAAUGGGUUUCAUUUGGAUCCUUCAAGGUUACAGUGGUUAAUGACGUUCAGUGUGCCCAUGACCCACCAUCCGCACAGUUGUGGCCCAGUUGAAGUGCUAGCUGCUAAGUUGGCUUUGAUUCUUUACACAGCUUUUGUUUGUUUUAUACUUUUAUCUGUGAAAGACAGGAAACAGCAUGUGAUGUAGAAGUGUACACCUAUAGUUACAGCACUAGGGAGGCUGAGGCAGGAGGAUUGCUAUGUGUUUGAGGCCAGCCUGGGCUACCUAGUGAGUUCAAGGCCAGCCUGGAACACAUAGUGAGACCCUGUCUCAAAAAAACAAAACAAAAAGACAAUAUUGAUAGAUGAGUAUUGAUACAAAAUGAGUAUUCAUAGAAUAUAACAAAAAAAUGAGACUAGUCCAGCAAGGUGAUCUUCACUAGGACUGUUGUGCUGAGCAAAAUUUUUGAACCCUAGUGAAUUUUGCUUUUGUGUACUUAAAAAAUUAAUAGACUUUGCCAGGAUUGAUGUCGGGCUUCUUGGCAUUUCUCUUCUCCCUACAUUUACUUUUGCAUUUGUUCAUAUAGAAGUUGAAUGUGCCUUACUCAAAUUAGUUUUCUGGUUAUUAUAAAAAAUAAAUCUCCUUAAUUUUUCUCAGCUGACUGAUUCUUGAUUAAAGUUUCCAAAAUAGUUUAUUGAAAUGAGAUGUGGUUAUUAAUGUGGGAAAGGACACUCCAAUCAUUUGGCAAGUAGCUGAGGAGCUAAAGAAUCCUGUGAUGGGCAGGUAGCGUUUGUUUCCAUUAGUGAAAGAGGUACAGUGCAGACACUGCCUACAGUCUACUGCAGUUGUCACAUAGCAUUCUUUGCUAUUCCAACUCAAUGAAGCUUUCAUGAAGUAAGGGAGAAAGAAUGAAGUAAUAAGUACAGCCCUGGGAGUUGCUCCAACCCAGGGUUUCUCCAGACUGAUUGGGAAGGUAUUUAAGUGUGGGCAUAUGCCUGAAGGGGGAAGGUGGGUGCGUGUUAAGAAUUUCAGUCUCAGAAUGUUGCCCAGUGAGGAUUAGAGAGCUGAAGCAUGUGAAUACCUUAUCUCAGCCCUUCACCGCCCCUCUUCAAGCAUUUUCCCCUACUGUCUGUACUCAACUAAAACCAAAGGAUUUAUUAAACUUUUUACAAUCAUUUCCUGUCAAGUAUGAAUAGAAUCCUGAAAGUCUGCAAGAUUUAUUCUUGUAGUUGAGAAAAACAGUAACUCUCAGGGGUUAGCAUAUCUUAAAUUAUGAGCUUUAAGUGAACUGGGCUAAAGUCAAGUGAUAAGAUGAGCCGGAGGGCGAAGAACAGAAUUUCCUAAUACAGCAGCAACAUGAUUUUCUUAUGGCAUAACACCACUUGAAGAUGUUAACAGUCUUCUCUAAAUGCACCAAAACAGACAAGCCUCAGUACUAUAAAAACAGAUUAUUAAGGAAAGGACGGGCUAUGAAAUAUUUAGUUACUCUAAGUAAAUUGUGAUUUUAAACAGGUUGUAAUAGAAAUGAUGUCAAAUCUGAAGUUACAGUAUGGAUCAUCAAAUGUUUGUGUAGAAGCAGCAGCAUCAAAUUAAACUAAGGAAAUAUCUUGGCUCCUGGACCAAGAUAUUAGCUACUUUUAAAAAAGGAAAAAUGUAAGCAGAUAUCGUGCUCUUAGCAGCAUCAUUCGUAACAGUUACAAUGGAGAAACAACCCAAGUGUCCAUCCACAGAUUAAUGGAUAAGCAAAAUAUGGUAUAGUAUAUGCUAUAUAUAAUGGAAUAUUCAGCCUUAAAAAGGAAAUUUUGACAUAUGCUACAACAUGGUGAAUAUUGAGAACAUACUAAGCCAGCCACAAAAAAUGAUUACACUUGUGUGAAGUACUUAACAUAGUCAAAGCCAUAGAGAGAGAACGUAGAGUGGUGGUUGCUAUGGGCUGGAGGAGGAAAGAAUGAGGCAAUAUUGUUUACAGGAGGUACAGAGAUUCAGUUUUACAAGAUGAAAAGAGUUCUGGAGAUAGGUGGUGACAGUGGUUACACAACAUGAAUGUACUGAAUUCCUCUGAAAUGUAUACUUAGCAAUAAAAAUUUUAAUGAUUAA